CAAAAUGGUACUAGUAACUAAUAAUGGGGUAAUUCAUGUCGAUCGAUUUUGAUUUACUAUUUACAAAUAAAAGGGAGUAAUUUCAUGACACUCGAAGCGUGAACCUUCCACCUAUAUAUACACCCAUUUCAUAAUCUCAAAACAUAUCACUAACCCAAAAACAAAACAAAAAAUGGGUUUCAUUGGUAAGAGUGUAUUAGUGAGUCUCGUAGCACUUUGGUGCUUCACUUCCUCUGUCUUCACUGAAGAAGUGAACCAUAAGACUCAAACCCCUUCUCUAGCUCCUGCUCCUGCUCCUUACCACCACGGCCACCACCACCCACACCCUCCUCAUCACCACCACCCUCACCCUCACCCUCACCCCCACCCACCGGCCAAAUCUCCUGUUAAACCCCCGGUUAAGGCACCAGUGUCUCCACCAGCCAAACCUCCGGUUAAGCCCCCGGUUUACCCACCCACCAAAGCCCCGGUGAAACCCCCAACUAAACCCCCGGUCAAGCCACCUGUUUCCCCACCAGCCAAACCUCCGGUUAAGCCACCAGUUUACCCUCCAACCAAAGCUCCAGUUAAGCCCCCAACUAAACCCCCAGUCAAGCCACCAGUUUACCCUCCAACCAAAGCCCCGGUUAAGCCCCCAACUAAACCCCCAGUCAAGCCACCAGUUUACCCUCCAACCAAAGCCCCGGUUAAGCCCCCAACUAAACCCCCGGUCAAGCCACCAGUUUCCCCACCAGCCAAACCUCCAGUUAAGCCCCCGGUUUACCCUCCUACCAAAGCUCCGGUUAAGCCUCCGGUUUCUCCUCCGACGAAGCCACCUGUUACACCGCCGGUUUACCCGCCUAAGUUCAACCGUAGUCUAGUCGCCGUUCGGGGUACGGUUUACUGCAAAAGCUGCAAGUACGCUGCUUUCAACACACUCUUAGGCGCUAAACCCAUCGAAGGUGCUACGGUGAAACUAGUGUGUAAGAGCAAGAAGAACAUAACAGCGGAGACGACGACAGACAAGAACGGAUACUUCUUGUUGUUGGCUCCUAAGACGGUGACGAACUUCGGUUUCAGAGGAUGUCGUGUGUAUUUGGUGAAAUCAAAGGACUACAAAUGCAGCAAAGUCUCAAAGCUCUUCGGUGGAGAUGUCGGCGCUGAACUUAAGCCUGAGAAAAAGCUGGGAAAAUCUACGGUGGUCGUCAACAAGCUCGUAUACGGUCUCUUUAACGUUGGUCCAUUUGCCUUUAACCCGUCUUGCCCCAAAUGAAGAUGAUUUGAUGCUCUGGUUACUAUCUUGAUUGUUUCAUGUUUAAAAAGAUUGAGAGAGAGUGUUGUUAUGCGUCUACUGUACGGUUGAAUUUUAAUCAAUGUUAGCUAGUCUUUAAGUUAAAUGCUUGGGUAUUAUGUUGUAUCUCUUUAAGUGACGUCGUUUGAGUUUCGUUUGAAUAAAAAUAGCAGCUUUCAAGAUGAUUCCAUUACAUUACAAAACGAAUGAGC